AUGCUACAGUUACACGUCAUUAUCCAUCUCAUUUUGGCAGUGAUACACUGUCUUCUUGGGAUUUUUGCAAAUGGCAUCAUUGUGGUGGCAAAUGGAAUUGACUUUAUCAAGCAGAGAAAAAUGGGUGCACUUGAUCUCCUCCUUUCCUGCCUGGCAAUUUCUAGGAUUUUUAUACAGUUGGCCAUCUUCUACAUUAAUCUGGUUGCUCUCCAUUUGAUAAAAUUUUCUGCACUUCUUAAGCAUUUUUCAAUUCAUUGGUUUGUCAGCGAAUCAGGACUUUGGUUUGCAACGUGGCUCAGCGUUUUCUACUGUGCCAAGAUUGCCACCAUCCCUCAUCCACUCUUCUUCUGGUUGAAGGUGAGGAUAUCCAAGUUGGUGCCGCGGCUGAUCCUGGGGUCUCUGCUGUAUUCAUCUCUCCUGUUUGUUUCCUAUAGCAAAUAUGUGCAGUAUAUUCCGCAAAACCUCAUGGUAAGCUUUUUCUUCAAAAAUGCAACAUCUCAAAUCAAAAACAAUUUUGCUUUACAGGUUUUCUUUUUUGCCAUUGGGUUCAUAUUGCCACUACUAAUUUUUGUUACUGCUGCCUUGCUCUUGAUUUUUUCCCUUGGGAGACACACCCGGCAGAUGAGAAAGACAGCAGCGGGUAUCAGCGACACUAGCAGGCGUGCCCACAUCAGCGCAAUGCUAUCCACCCUGUCCUUCCUAAUCCUCUACGUAACCCACUAUGCAGCGACUGUUUUAGUUUCUUCUCAGGCUUUCCAGUUCAGAAGCUUCAUCUAUCAGUUCUGCAUAUUGAUGAUUGGUAUAUACCCCUCUGCACACUCUAUCAUCUUAAUUUUAGGAAAUCCUAGACUGAAAAAAAAUGCGAAGAAGUUCCUCCUCUGUAGUAAGUGCUGUUAG